CCGGGCCGGGAAGGCGGGGAGGGGCGGGGACAGAGCUGCAGCUCCCCGCUCGGCCGGCGGCUCAGGGGGGAGACGGCUGUCAGCGGCGAGCGCUCCGGGUGCCGGCGGGUCCCCUCCGGUGGUGGUGGUGGUGGCGCCGCCUCGCGCUUGGCCGCCUGGCCCCUCGGGCGGCCGCCCCGGCGGCGGCGGGAUGUGCUCGGCCCGGCAGCUCCUCGGAGGCGGGGGCGGCAGCGACUGCGGCGGCGGCGGCGGGGCGCGCGGCGAGGACGGAGACGCGCCGGCGGGGCCGGCGGCGGUGGCGGCGGCGGCGGGGACCCAGGCGGAGCCCGGGGCGAGCCCGCGGCGGGGCGGGCGGCGGCCGCAGGAGGAGCGCGGGCAGCACCAAAGAAGAAUUCCUUACCAAGAAGUCAAAAAUAAACAAACUUGGUUUAACCCAACCCAUUGGUGCAAGGAGCAAGCUUUUGUGAUAAAUCAUUUUUUGGAUUGUGAAGAAUCACAGAACCACGCUGGCGAUCCUGUUGGAGAUGACUACAAAAAGAUGGGAACACUUUUUGGUGAGCUGAACAAAAACCUCAUCAACAUGGGCUUUACGAGGAUGUACCUUGGAGAACGGAUUGUGGAACCAGUGAUCAUCAUUUUCUUCUGGGCUAUGCUGUGGUUCCUUGGCCUGCAAGCCUUUGGACUAGUUGCUGUUCUUUGCCUUGUCAUUAUUUAUGUACAACAUUAAAAUAUGGCCAAAUGAGCUGUUGAUUGACAUUUGGUAGCCAUAUA